CUCGGCCCCGGGCUCGCCGGAGCCCAAGUAUGGCUGCCUCCUACUGGAUGCUGACAGCUGUCUUUCACCUCGUUGGCACUUCCAAUGUUGAUGUUAAAAAUGCAAUGACAUUCAGUGGGCCUCUGGAGGACAUGUUUGGGUACACAGUCCAACAGUAUGAAAAUGAAGAAGGGAAAUGGGUACUUAUUGGUUCACCAUUAGUUGGCCAGCCUGAGAAAAGAACAGGAGAUGUAUACAAAUGCCCUAUAGGAAGGGACAACCAGUCACCCUGCAUAAAACUGAACUUACCAGCUGCUACUUCAGUUCCUAACGUUGUGGAAGUAAAAGAAAACAUGACUCUUGGAACAACCUUAGUGACUAACCCAAAAGGAGGUUUUCUGGCAUGUGGGCCGCUUUAUGCUUAUAAAUGUGGACGCUUGCAUUAUACAACAGGAGUUUGCUCUAAUGUUAGUUCCACUUUUGAAACCAUUGAGGCAAUCGCUCCGUCUGUGCAAGUGUGUAAAACCCAGUUGGAUAUUGUCAUAGUCCUUGAUGGGUCCAACAGCAUUUAUCCAUGGGAGAGUGUCACAGCCUUCCUAAACAGCCUCCUGAGAAACAUGGACAUAGGUCCUCAGCAAACACAGGUUGGAGUUGUUCAAUAUGGACAGACUGUAGUCCAUGAGUUUUUCCUGAAUACAUACUCAACCACCGAAGAUGUGAUGGCUGCAGCCACAAGAAUACGUCAGCGGGGUGGCACACAGACCAUGACAGCCCUGGGAAUAGACACGGCAAGGGAAGAGGCUUUUACUGAGGCUCACGGUGCAAGAAGAGGAGUGCAGAAAGUAAUGGUUAUUGUGACUGAUGGGGAAUCACAUGACAACUACAGAUUGAAAGAAGUGAUUGAUGAUUGUGAAGAUGAAAGCAUUCAGAGAUUUGCUAUUGCUAUUCUUGGCAGCUACAGCAGAGGAAAUUUAAGUACUGAGAAAUUUGUAGAGGAAAUAAAAUCAAUUGCCAGUAAACCUACUGAAAAGCACUUCUUCAAUGUGUCAGAUGAAUUAGCUCUUGUAACUAUUGUUGAAGCACUUGGAGAGAGAAUAUUUGCCUUGGAAGCAACCACCGACCAGCAGGCUGCCUCUUUUGAAAUGGAAAUGUCUCAAGCUGGAUUCAGUGCUCAUUAUUCCAAGGAUUGGAUCAUGCUUGGAGCAGUUGGAGCAUAUGACUGGAAUGGCACAGUGGUCAUGGUGAAGGACAGUGGGGUUUUAAUGCCAACUAAUGAAACAUUUCGUGACAGGCUUUCAGAAAAAAAUGAACACCUUGCAGCCUAUCUAGGAUAUACUGUGAAUUCAGCAUUGACACCUGGAGGCGUACUGUACAUAGCAGGACAGCCACGAUACAAUCACACUGGCCAAGUUAUCAUUUAUAAAAUGGAAGGAAGAGAUGUACAAGUACUUCAGAGGUUAAAUGGAGAACAAAUUGGGUCAUACUUUGGGGGUGUUAUUACCACGAUUGACAUCGACAGGGACUCCUUUACAGACCUUCUUCUUGUUGGAGCUCCUAUGUACAUGGGAAAUGAGAAAGAGGAGCAAGGGAAAGUGUAUGUUUAUAGUCUGAACAAGACAACUUUCGAAUAUCAGAUGAGUCUUGAACCUGUGAAGCAAACAUGCUGCUCACCACUAAAACAGGACACAUGCAAAGUUCUUAAGAAUGAGCCUUGUGGUGCACGCUUUGGCACUGCAAUUGCUGCAGUGAAGGAUCUCAACCUUGAUGGAUAUAAUGACAUUGUAAUAGGUUCUCCCUUAGAAGAUGACCAUCGGGGAGCUGUAUAUAUUUAUCAUGGUCAUGGCAACAAAAUCAGUAAAAAAUAUUCACAGCGUAUUGCAUCAGGUGGAGAUGGAGAAAAAGUAAAAUUUUUUGGCCAGUCUGUGCAUGGAGAAAUGGAUUUAAACGACGACGGGCUGAUUGAUGUCACCAUCGGAGGCCUUGGUGGGGCUGCCCUCUUCUGGUCUCGUGAUGUGGCUGAAGUAAAUGUUUCUAUGCAAUUCACACCCAAAAGCAUCAAUAUCCAACAACAAAAUUGUCAGAUAAAUAAAAGAAAAACAAUAUGUAUAAAUGCCACUAUUUGUUUUAAGACCAGACUAAAAUCAAAAGACGAUAUAUUCAAAUCCAGUCUGCAGUAUUGGAUUACUCUAGACUCACAAAGACAUGUAUCUCGAAGCUUGUUCACUGAAAGCCAUGAGAGGAAAAUGCAAAAAAAUAUAACUGUAGAAGGGUCAGAAUGUAUUAAACAUAACUUCUACAUGUUGGAUAAGCCUGAUUUUCAGGACUCUGUAAAGGUUUUGCUGGAGUUCAAUUUUUCUGAUCCAGAGAGUGGACCUGUUCUUGAUACCAACCUGCCAAAUUCAAUAUCUGAAUAUAUUCCUUUCACUAAAGAUUGUGGAGCCAAAAAUAAAUGCAUUUCAGAUCUUGUUCUGAAUGUAAAAGCAAGCAUAGCUGGAGACAGCUCUUCUCCAUUCAUUGUAAAGUCACGUAAUGAUAAGUUCACCAUUCAGCUCUCUGUGAAGAACAAAAAAGACAGUGCUUAUAAUACCAGAGUUUUGGUUCAAUAUUCUCCAAAUAUUAUUUUUGCUGGCAUUGAGGAUAUACAGAAAGACAGCUGUGAGUCUAACCACAACAUCACCUGUAAAGUGGGAUAUCCAUUUCUUAAAACUGCAGAAGAGAUUUCCUUCAAAAUAUCAUUCCAAUUCAAUGCAUCAUAUCUCCUGGAAAAUGUUACUGUAUAUGUAUAUGCAACAAGUGACAGUGAAGAACCACCUGAGACCUUGAGUGACAACAGAGGACAUAUUACAAUUCCAGUAAAAUAUGAAACAGGAUUAAUAUUUGUAAGUGUUUUCAAGGAGCACCAUAUCAUAAUUGCAGCAAAUGAUACUAUUCCUACAGCUAUUAACACAACGGAGCAAAUUGGGGAUGAAGUUACUCUACAUUAUAGGAUUGAAAAAGGUGAACACUUUCCAAUGCCAAACCUCACACUGCAGAUCUUAUUUCCCAAUGUAACAGCAGCCAAGAACACUCUUCUCUACCUUACUGCAUUGUCACAUUCCCAAAAUGCCAUCUGCCAAACUAGUUACCCUGUAGAUCCCUUAAAGAUCAGCACUGGAAAACCAUUUGUGUUAUCAAAAAUAAAAGAACCUACAAAGGAUACAAUUAUGGACUGUGAUACAUACAGCUGUGCAUCUAUUAAUUGUGUCAUGAUCCCAUCUGACAUAUACCAAGUGAAUGUUUCAUUAAGAGUAUGGAAACCUACCAUCAUAAAGGCAAGUAUUCACAGCUUAACCCUUGUUGUGAAAGCAUUACUUAGGAGUGAGAACUCAUCACUGAUUUUGAGAAAAGACCAUCAAAAAUUGGAGACCAUGAUUAAGAUUUCCAAAGAACUCCCACCAGGAACUGUGCCCUUAUGGGUUAUCCUCCUGAGCAUCUUUGCUGGACUCUUGAUUCUUGCACUACUUAUAUUUGCUUUGUGGAAGGCUGGAUUUUUCAAGAGACCACUAAAGAAGAAAAUGAAGAAAUGAAAAAACAAACAAACAAACCAAGCAAAUAUAAAACAGGGGAAAAAAUCCCCAACACACCAAUCCCCCCAUGCACACACACAAAAACCCCAAUAACAACAAAAAAACCACAGAAAUUUUUGCUCAGGUCUGCCUAAAAAGCUGUUACUGUAAAAAUAUACAUUUAGAUGCAGUAGUCACAAUUAUUUUUCUAAACUUUAGUGGAUUAAAAAACCCCAAAAGAAGAACAAGAAGGAAAUCAAGCACACAUGCAAAUGAAUGAUGCAAACAAAAAAUAAACCUUACAGCAAUUUGAGAUACUCAAGGACAUACUUUCAAGUGUUACUAAUUUUCUGAGGAGUAACUGAGUUAAAAAAUUCUAACAGUUUUUAAUAAUCAUAUUUUUAUAAGCCUAUGCAUGUAGAAUCAUUUUUCAUUCCAAAUUGUGCCACAAGUCAGCUUGUCUGUAGCAAUCCCAGUCUUCUUUAUCACCUUACAAUUUUCAAAAUGUCCUUCUUAUGUCAGUUCUGUGAAAAGCAGACUAUUAGUUCAGAAAGCGGAACAUGCAAACUUUGAGAAUUCACCAAAUAUGAUGUGGUAACUGAUGUAAUGACAAUUCAGAAGAUAGAAGCACCCACAGAAUUUGGGGUCAAAAUUACUGAAAUAGCUUGGACUUCUCUUUCUUCUUUUUUUAACAUGUCCAGAUGAACCCAGGGUACUCCAAAAGAUUUUUAUGGUCAAGCUGACCAUAAAGGAUAGAUCCAUUAAAUUACAUAACUGUUGUACUUAUAACAGAUUUUUGGCAGGCCUAAAAGUGUAUGCACAAAACUGAUCUGAUUGCACACUGUACUCAAAUAAGCAGGGGCACAAUUGUAUCUGCAAGUUGAAAUGUCCGUAUUUAUGCAGAAAAUAUUUAGAGGCACCCUGAAAGUUUAACUCUUGCUGUAUAUCUUGGAGGAGCCAGGAGGGUGCUUCAUAAACUGUCACUGUAAAUGUCUUGUGUAGCUAUUUAAUCCAAUGAGUUUAAAAUGUACAAAGUGAUAAUUAACAAAAGAGUACAUUUAGAAAUUUCAGCACUGGCAAGCUUCUGCUAUUAUUUUCACACCUCAUCUUUGUUACGAGUUUAAGAAGUGAAGAAUCUGUGUACUAAAUAAGCACUUAACAAAUUAUGUUUGUGUCAAAGAUUAAAAUUAUAUAAGAGAAUACACUGAAAUGUAGAUAGCAAAAGAUUUCUUUACAAAUUUUUUCUUUCUAUUUAGACUACUCAUUUUCCUCUUUUCUUUCAUGAACUUAUCUUUCUUUCAUGGGGAUCUCUCCCGAGGGCUUUUGGGCUGUGCCUUGUCCUCGAGAGCUUCUUAUAUUACUUGCAGCCACACAAAAUUAACAGAAGAAAAUGGGAAUGUGCUGGCAAAGUGUGAUGUUGCUUCUGCAUGAGAUGACUUAGUAUUGCCAGUAGAUCAGAAUGUAUUGAGAAGUACUAAGUUCUAUUAGAUGUACUUGUUCUCAGAAAAGCUUUGCCUUGCCAAAGAAGCCAGAGAAAUUUCUCAUCUUAAUACUGAAAAAAUUAUUGCAGUUUUCCAAAAAGUUUUAAUUUAGUACUGACGUUAUAGUAAUAGCUUACAGAGCAGUAAUGCAGUCUUCUUUAAGAAGAGACCAUAGAUUGUGGUGGACACGCUGGAAAGUACAGCUCUGGAAGUAUGCCAGAAUGUGCUCUGUUGUAUGAAAGAUGCUGUCACUCUUCAGUUCCUUCUAUUUAGCUCCAAAAUUAGAGAGGGUAAUUAUUGACAAAGGCUGCGAGUUAUGAGAAUGCAGCAAGUAAGAUUAAGUUUGGAAGUGUCUGCAAUUCUGUCUGUGGGAAAGGUGGUUAUUUCAUAACAACAGUCUGCUGAAGGUAGCAGCAUGACUCAGAGGAGAGGGCAAAGCACUCCCUGGGAACACUGUGGGUGGCUGUGCUUUGCAGAGCCUUAGAAGAGCCACUGAGUCAGUGGAUUUGCUUAUGUUCAUCUGAAUGCCUGAAAGUGUGCCUUUUGUGAAAGGAUGCGAGGUGGGUUGCCCUGGUUCUGAGCACAGAAGGAAGACUUGAAUGGAAAGGAAAAAAAUGUCAUUGAGGUGUUGAGGGUAAACUCCUUGCUUCUUUCGUCAUGUGAAUCAUAUAGUCCUUGAAGGAAGGCAAAAAUCCAUUUGUGAAGAUGAAGAGUGAAGAUAAAUUAAUGUGUGCAGGGCUAUUUUCAGUCCCAUGUGAAAUGCAGGUUUAUUUUAAGAAAAUGUAUGGCUUUGCUAGUUUAUUUGAUAGAUUUAGGCAGAACUUGUCAUGGUAACAUCUGAAUGCCUCAGAACUGUAAAUGUUUUUUCCUUAUGCUAUGUUUGUAAAGGCAUAGCAGUGCUGUUAUCCUGUUACGGUUUUGUAAAGGAACAGAAUUAUGAGAGAAUUGCCACACCUGUGCACACAUAGAAAUCUGUGGUAGCAGAGAAAAUACUUAUAUUUAUUAUUCAGUCAAUUUGUUAACCAUGAGGUCAUUUUUCCUGGCUUCAUAAAAUAACUAACAAGUUGUGCAAGUCACAUGUCCUUUCUAUACAGCAUCCUUUUAUUUUGUUUGUAUUUGAAGUUUUAGUUGCAAUAGGUUGUUAACCAGAACUCCUUCUGCUGACAUUUCAUGCUUUAUUUUAAGGCAUCAGCCUAAUUGAAAAAAAUGUAGGUCAACAGAACACUGUUUCCCUGGAUAAGGUUAUGCAAUAGUAUGGAUUUUAUCAAUGCAAAGUGUGUUUGAGAUCAGUGUUCCAUUCUUUUAAAACUUUCUUCGUAAUAUAAAAACUGUAAUAAGCUUCAUAUAACCACACUGCUGCUUUCUUUGUCAUGAUGCUUCCUCCCUUCUCACAUUUGUCCUAUUAUCAUAUUUUCAGUUAUAUUAUCUGUUUGAUAUAUAACUAUGUAAAGGGGAUACUGCUAUAGCACAUUAUUCUUAUACAACCUAAAUUAGUAAGAGCACUAACUUUAUCUGUAAGAGUCUUUCCACGCAGCACUGAGAGAGCAGUGUUUUACUGCUUUUCACUAUAUAUGACAAAAAAGCCUACUGAAAACAAUAUUGCAAAUAUCAGGAACAUCUCACAGAAAUUUGGCAGGCACAAAAAAUAUCAGAACAGCACAUAAUCUGUUUCAUUCCUAUAAAAAGACAUACUAGGACUGUAACAUGAUUCAAAUAACUGGCAGGAUAAAUAUUUUGUUUCAUUCAAAGUCAAGCCCAUGAAAAAAUAAUAAAUUACGUUUAUAACCAGAGAUUAGACAACGGAGGGAGUGUGACCCAGCUCAGUUCCUAACUUCAGUACCGGAGCAGUUAAUCUUAGAGGAAAUGGACAAGCUAUAUUUCUACAUCUCAGAACUUACCUAAAAAGGAGCAAGAGCUUUAAUCCAUUGCUCCUGCCUCAACUUGAGGCUGUUGGGAAAACAGCAUCUACAUUAGAGCAAGCUCCCUGGAUUGCUGCUUAUCUUCCUGUGCUUGUCUGGUGUCGCUCUAGGUCUGUAUCAUGACCUCUUGCUGCAGACGAAACCCAGCUAUCCUGACCCCUUACCUGAGCCCAUUAAUACAUAUCCUGUGCUGAGUCAUUCUGAGCAAGAAGUUCCUCUUCUGCCGAGCCUGAGUCAGAGGACUUCACCUUCACCUGGAGCCAAGGGUUUUCAUCUUACUUGGCACUGCAAAGCUGGAGAUAGGGUUACACUUAUCUAAAGAAUAGUCUAUUUGUCUUUAUUUCUUUAACUAUUGUAUAGAUGAUGAUGCAAUUAAAAAGUAAAAAUAGAGCAAGAGAAUCAGAUUGCACCAUUGUUGGUUAUACCACUUAACAGGAAUAGGAGGGAAUUGGCAUCCUUUUCUUAAAAAAAAACCAAAACACAUUCUGCACAGCAUUUUCUUUUUCCUGUAAAAUUAUUACAUGUUUUAUUAAUAAAAAUAAAA